GCAGCGGGGCCGGGACCACCAUGGCAAGCUCCCCCCAGAAGUCCCCCUCUUCCCCCAAGUCCCCCACCCCGAAAUCGCCGCCGUCCAGAAAGAAAGAUGACUCCUUCCUGGGUAAACUUGGCGGCACGCUGGCAAGGAGGAAAAAAGCCAAAGAAGUAUCUGAAUUACAGGAAGAAGGAAUGAAUGCCAUUAACUUACCUCUGAGUCCAAUUCCAUUCGAACUAGACCCUGAGGACACUAUGCUAGAGGAAAAUGAAGUCCGAACAAUGGUUGAUCCAAAUUCCAGAAAUGACCCAAAAUUACAAGAACUAAUGAAGGUAUUAAUUGACUGGAUUAAUGAUGUGUUGGUAGGAGAGAGGAUUAUUGUGAAAGACUUGGCUGAAGACUUGUAUGACGGACAAGUAUUGCAGAAAUUAUUUGAGAAACUUGAAAGUGAAAAGCUGAAUGUUGCUGAAGUUACACAGUCUGAAAUUGCUCAGAAACAGAAGCUACAGACAGUUCUUGAAAAGAUCAAUGAAACACUUAAACUCCCACCAAGAAGCAUCAAGUGGAAUGUUGACUCUAUUCAUGCUAAAAGUCUUGUGGCAAUACUUCAUCUUCUGGUUGCACUGUCACAGUAUUUUCGAGCUCCAAUCAGACUCCCAGAUCAUGUGUCCAUUCAGGUUGUCGUUGUGCAGAAACGAGAAGGAAUCCUCCAGUCUCGACAAAUCCAAGAGGAAAUAACUGGUAACACUGAGGCAUUAUCAGGAAGGCAUGAACGAGAUGCAUUUGACACUUUAUUUGACCAUGCUCCUGACAAGCUCAAUGUUGUGAAAAAGACUCUCAUCACAUUUGUGAACAAGCAUCUCAACAAAUUGAAUUUGGAGGUCACUGAACUGGAGACCCAGUUUGCAGAUGGUGUGUACUUAGUCCUGCUGAUGGGUCUCCUUGAAGGCUAUUUUGUUCCUCUACACAGCUUUUUUUUGACUCCUGAUAGUUUUGAGCAAAAGGUCCUUAAUGUAUCCUUUGCAUUUGAGCUAAUGCAAGAUGGUGGAUUGGAAAAACCAAAGCCAAGACCAGAAGAUAUUGUAAAUUGUGAUUUGAAGUCUACACUGAGAGUACUGUACAAUUUAUUCACCAAGUACAGGAAUGUGGAGUGAAGAAUUGAUUUGGGACACCAAAGGAGAGUUAACAAAGAAAGCAUCAUCAUAGCAUAUUUUUCGUCGGUAUUCCUGUGCAUCUUUAACCUAAAAGGAACUGAAGCAUUUAUCUGAAGAAUUUUUAAUUGAUUAUUCUUGCACUAGUAUUUUCAUAGUAAAUUUACAAUUAAGGCUGUGUAAAACUGAUCUAAAAUAUGAAGAAAGAGGUUUAGAGGAAUCUACCUGGGUAUUUUCGGCAAGAAUCGCUGUCUCAAUAAUCUCUCAGUCUUCAUGCUGUUCUGCAGUAUGUGAAAAGAAAAGCAAUCAAAAAGAUUUAAUCGCUUUAAUUUAUAUCAGACUUUGAAAUCAACCAUAGGAAACUUCUGUUUUGAAUGUCUAUUUUAAUAUUUUACAUGUAUUUUUUUUCUAAUCUAGGGAGAGGAAGAUUAUUUUCUGUUUGUGAGAACAGAAGAGAAGCAGUUCAAUACUCUUGUUCACAUCACACCUAAUGAGAAAGGACUUUCUCAAGCACUUAGCCUGAUUAUUUUGUAUUUCCAGUGCUGUUAGACUGGAAUUUUAUGGGUACAAACUGAAGAGACUAUUUAGUUCUUCAGACUUACUAUUAUGUGAUGCUGUGCUUUAAAUAUAUAUUUUUGAGCAUUCACCAUAAGCACACUUUUAAGAUUGUUCACUUAGUUUUGUCCAAUGAAGAGAUAUUUUCUGCAAAGUACAUAUCUCAAAAACUCUAUAAUGCAGUUUCCUUAUAAUGUUUGUAUUAUUGGCAUAGUAUUAGAAAGCAAGAGAGUAGCCUCUUUUCCUUAUUAGUAGUUUAUUGGCAAGAUGCCAGUUUAGAUUCAUUACUAAAUGGGAUUUCGAGUCUGUCACUUUGGUUUUAUGAUGAAUGUAUAUUUCUGUAUAAUAUCCAACACUAAAAAAAAGAGAUUUUUCAGAAAAAUAUCCUUUAGCAUUUCAUAUACACUGCUUUUAGGUCAAAGCUACUCCCAUCUGUAAAGACUCGGUUAAAGUUUAAGCUUCUUUGAUCAUUUUAUGAUCUAAGAGGAGAACUUUUGUGCUUAUCUUGACCAAGUAAAAGCUGUGAUCUUUUUGGUUUCAGUUUUAACAAAGCCACACAACAGAACUGGGAACUGAUUCUGCGUCAGACAAAUACCAAGCACCAGUCAUGCUUCCAUAAAGAAGCCUGAUAGAGGCUGUCUGGCACGAGUGUAAAUCAUCAGACACUACAGUGG